AUGGGAUCCCAAAGUAACGGCCCGCAUGUCCUACUCACGGGCGCAAAUGGCUUUGUUGCCUCGCAUAUAUUAUCAAUCUUGCUUAAAAGUGGAUACACUGUCACUGCCACUGUGCGAUCACAGACCAAGGCCGACGACAUCAUCAACACGCACCCUUCAUGGAAGGGCAAGAUCAGCUUCGUCAUUGUGUCUGAUUUCACCUCUCAGCAACCAUUCGAUGAACUAUUCAGGAAUGCCAAUACCGCUGCAGCGCCUUUCACCUAUGUAAUUCACACGGCGUCCCCCUUGAAGUUUAAGGUCGAGGACAUCCAGAAGGAAAUGAUCGMCCCUGCCGUUAUGGGAACAACAGAGAUCCUCAAGAGUGCUCACAGACAUGGCGGCACCACGCUGAAACGGUUUGUCCUGCUGGGUAGUGCUGUCUCCGUCCUCAACUCCUUCGAGGACAUCACUCGUGAGGGACGCCCUUACACCGAAAAGGAUUGGAAUCCAGCGACCGCUCAGCAAGCUAUCGAUCAGAAGGACCCUGUGCUUGGGUACAACGUAUCCAAAAAGCAAGCCGAAGAAAAAGCUUGGGCGUUCAUGAAGACCGAUAAACCGAACUUCGAUUUAACCGUGAUCAACCCGGACAUCAUCACAGGUCCGAUGAUCCAUCCCAUUUCAGGACCGAGCUCAAUCAAUGAAACGAACCACUUCGCAAUCGCGAGUUUCAUCGAUGGAACCCAUAAGACAGUCGAAGACGUGCGAUUCCCAUUUUAUCACUUUGUCGAUGUCCGCGACGUCGCGCAGAGCCAUGUCAAUGCGUUGACUAACCCUGCGGCAGGGCACCGGCGGAUUCUGCUCAUAUCCGGACUAAUCACGCCGCAGCUGGUCGUGAAUAUCAUCCGAAAAAAUUUUCCCGCUCUAAGGGAUCGUGUUCCGGAGGGAAAUCCUUCAAAGAUCCUGCCGGAUGGGGUGCACCCGACAGGAUGGGAUAUGAGGGAAAGCCUAGAUAUUCUGUCCAAGGGAAAAAAAGAUGGUCCAUGGAAGUAUAUUGAGCUGGAGCAGAGUGUCACAGAUACAGUACAGUCGAUGAUAGAUCAUAAGAUCUUGUAG